GCGGGAAGUGAUGGCGAGAGCAUCGGGAACUGUCCUUUCUCCCAGAGACUCUUCAUGAUCCUGUGGCUAAAGGGAGUGGUCUUCAAUGUCACCACAGUGGACCUGAAGAGGUGAGUGAGGGAGACUACACGCUACCACGUCACACUAGCUAUCUUGCUCACUCAACCACCACGUUACACUAGCCUUCUCACUCACUCCACCACCACGUCACACUUGCUAGCUCCUCCACCACCACGUCACACUAGUGCACUCACUCCACCACCAUGUCAAGCUAGCUCCUCCACCACAACGUCACGCUAGCGCGCUCACUCCACCACCACGUCACGCUAGCUCCUCCACCACAACGUCACACUAGCUGGCUCCACCACCACCACGUUACACUAGCUAGAGCACUCACUCCACCACCACGUCACGCUAGCUCCUCCACCACAACGUCCCACUAGCUGGCUCCACCACCAACACGUUACACUAGCUAGCUUCUCCUCCACCACCACGUAACACUAGCUAGCUCCUCCACCACCACGUAACACUAGCUAGCACCUCCACCACCACGUCACACUAGCUAGCUCCUCCAUCAUCACACUAGCUAGCUUCUCCUCCACCACCUAGUAACACUAGCUAGCUCAUUCCCCCAGAAGGGAUCAGCCUUCUACUCUUCCUCUGCUCCUGGAGGGCCAGGGGAAUGUUCUCUCUCUCUUCUCUCUCAUUGCCUCCCAGAGCUUUUCUGGGCUCUCCACUAACACUUUGAUCCAACCCCACCUCAAACAUUUUCACCGCCCUUACUUCUUAUUUGGUUUUCCCAUGACCUUUCCCAACCCGGGGAAAUCUGGAAAAUAAACAAGCUGCGUUCUGGAGAGGCUAUUUGAGGUUGUAAUCACUUCCUCCCUAGAUUUGGGGGUAAAUUGUAUUUUUCUUACUCUAAAAUCAAAGCAAAAUCUAAAAGGAUCAAAGCAGAAUCUAAAAGGAUCAUCUUCCCCUCCCAAAGUAAUUUGAACACUAUUUAGUCUUGGCUGAAACUGCAGCAAACUUCCUUGCCCAUUUUCUGUAGAAGGCUGCCUGGCAGCUCCUUACCCAACCAUUAUUUUUACAUUUUAGUCAUUUAGCAGACGCUCUUAUCCAGAGCGACUUACAGUUAGUGAGUGCAUACAUUUUCAUACUGGCCCCCCAUGGGAAUCGAACCCACAACCCUGGCGUUGCAAACGCCAUGCUCUACCAACUGAGCUACACGGGACUAUAUCCCUCAAUGCAUCAUCUAAACACUUCCUGAUUGUUUUUCCUCUUCCCAGGCCAGGGCUGUUGCCAUACAGUAUGUGUGAUUAUUUUCAGAUAUAGAAAUGGACUCUUGAUUUCCAUGGGCCUUUCAUCAUUGCUGUCUGACUGACAGUAUAGUAUACUGCAGGCACUCUGAUGAAGUGUUGUAAAGGGGAUAGCUCAGCCAUGCAGAUACUUAUGCAUCGCUUAGAAUCUCUUCUCCUGAGAAAGCUCAAACACUGCUACCUCUGCCAGGGUUGGUCCUGUGGGUAAUCUAGAGUUGGAAACAAAACAAGACAAGACUGGGUAGUACACAGAGCAACCUUCUCUUUUACUUUUGGAGGCACCGGGAUGUUGUGUCUUUGGCUAUCUGUGAAUGUAUUUGCACAUGUAUCUAUGUCUGUGUGUGAGGGUGUGUAAGACGAAACGAGCUUCCAGAGGUCUUGUAAAAGGCAGUGGAGGGUGUCCGCCCACUUAAGUGUCUGUUUUCCCCUCUUUUGUCAAACAUGUCUUUGUUCAGCUGUUCUGACCACAUACUGCUUUGGCCUUUUUUAGACGACUGAUAAAGGGUUCACUUUUUCCACACAGUAGUGUGUCAACAGAAAGAGGCAAAGUAUUGCACAAAUAUGUCCUAUUUUAUCCCUUUUUAUUGCUGUAUGGAACUAAAGGACAGUACAUUUUAUAAUCUUAAGUUUUGUGACCUUGCUAUGGAAAACUAUUAAAAAAGCCUUUUUGGCUCAAUUCUUUGAAUAACAUAUUAAAGCAUUUUUAUUUAUAUUUUUCAGAGUACACUUACCCCCUCCCCCUGUUCCUUAAUGAUGCCAUGGGGCGAGGGUGCUUCCUGUGCUCAUGCCAAAGGGUUGAGGUCACUUCCUGUUUUUGGGGGCCCCUGUGACUAGUUGGUCUUACGAGUCUGUUUCACAUCUCCCCUUGUAGGGAGACCUUAAUCACUGUACUUCGCACAUAACAUUGCAUGGUGACAUGGCCUGCAAGUGAAGCAGUCUCUAUAUAUAGAUCAGUGGUAGGCAGUUCUCUGCAUCAAAGUUAAUUUGCGGCAAAACUUUUUUUUGUGAAUUGGCUCAGACACGACAAACCAGAUACAAUAAUUUUGUUUUUUAUGAUUUUACUUUGAAAUUCAUUUAUGUAUUUUUUUGUUUGAUUAUGAAACAUGACUCAGGGCUUUGUGUUGUUGAUGGGUCAUUCAUCACACACUCAUUAUGUUCUGUGUGUUCAUCAUAUCUCACCUCCCAGAGACAUCUGGAACAAAAGAAGCCUGCUCUGAGCACUGCGGACAGAAGAAUGGACACGGACACAUGCACAAACUCACAGGCGCAUACAUCACCCCGGUUGAAAAUAAAGUCCAGCCCAGGGUGUCUGAGGGGGGAUGGCUGUAGAGGGAUAGAGUGGUCUGGAACAGUCUAGCAUGGAACUGGGACAGGGAAUUGUGUCCUGUCUAUGGGCCACAGCCCACUGAUCUGCAAAAGCAAUAGAACUGGGCCCUGGGGGAGACACAGAAUAAUGCUUUAAUGAUUGUUGAUUAUUUUUAAAGACUAGAUAAAGACUAGAUGGAUUAUAGGGAUAUAAAGGGAUAGAUUAGUGAGUAAUCUGUGAUGGCUCAGUUUUGUAGUAUAAAACUUUAUUAUCCCCAGGGGGAACUUGGUUUUGCAGCAAAGUCAUCCAUACAAACAAGACAGACAUUUCAACAACAUGAAGGAAAGGGGGAUACCUAGUCAGUUAUUCCUACUGAAUGCAUUCAACUGAAAUGUGUGUUCCGUAUUUAACCCAACCCCUCUGAAUCAGAGAGGUGAGGGGGGCUGCCUUAAUCGACAUCCACGUCAUCGGCGCCCGGGGAACAGUGGGUUAACUGCCUUGCUCAGGGGCAGAACGACAGAUAUUUACCUUGUCAGCUCAGGGAUUCGAUCCAGCAAGCUUUCAGUUACUGGCCCAACGCUCCUACCCGCCAGGCUACCUCUUAACACAGUAUAAGAUAUGCAUGCAUUUGGCUGAUUUUGAGUAUUUAUUAGUGCGUUGUGACAUGCCCACUAAAUCCCCUCUCUUCUCUGCUCCCCAGGAAGCCUGCAGACCUCCAGAACCUGGCCCCAGGCACACACCCUCCUUUCAUCACCUUCAACGGGGAGGUCAAGACCGACGUCAACAAGAUCGAGGAGUUCCUGGAGGAUGUCCUCAGCCCACCCAAGUGAGUCGUCUGGUCUGGUUGGCAACGGGCUGUUACACCCACUAGGCACUUCACAUCACACUGCCUCCACGAGUAGAUACCUACGAUACAGUAUACACUCUGCUUGUCAGAUCUAACCAGGUGUGUGUGUGUGUGUAGGUUCACCAAGCUUGGCGCCAGACACCCUGAGUCCAACACCACUGGGAUGGACAUCUUUGCCAAGUUCUCAGCCUUCAUCAAGAACUCCAAACCAGAUGCCAACGAGGGUGAGCUUCCUCUCCCUACACAACAGAUAUAUAUUAUACACACACACAAAGUUUAGUUCCAGGUUACUACUCAAAAGUCAGUGGACGAGCAAUACUCAGAAAUUGAGUCACACUAGUGGCGCAGGAAGAGUUCUGUGGUUGCUAGGCAACAGCGGUAGCCUGAGGUGAUUGGUGGCUGGGUGAGAGUGUGGGUCUGACACGGGAACACAGUGCUUUUGUUCUCUGGGGUGGCCUCUCUCUGUCCCCAGGCUCAUUCCUUCCCCUGUUUCCCAUGUCACCUGGCUGGGCUGUCUAAAAAAACAUCCAAACAGCCUGGUAAAAACAACAGAGAGAGAUGGCCUGGACAUGAGCUCAAAGCACCUCUCUUGUCUUCCCUAGCUUUGGUUUAACAGCCAUGCCACAGCUAUAGAUGAUAAAUUGCCUUAUAAAAACUAGUUGAUAACACAACAAUCAUAUUGUGUUAUGACCAUGGGAAGACAUGAUUUGUACAAGACAACAGAUGACAGUAUACUGUAGCUUUGCCUCAGUCAUAUUGGCUAAUGUUUCUCUGUCUGUAUGCCAUGUUAAUCUGGGGUCAGCUGUUUUAUGACAUACAGUAUCAGUUCAUGUUGUUUGGUAUCUUGGAUGGUAUGGUUUCUAUUCGCCACCCUGCGGUAAUAUUGAUCCAUCGUGAUGGUUGGCUUUGAAUUCCUUCUGGGCUAUGUCAACACUACUGCUGACAGUCAUAUCUGAAUGAUAAGCAUGCCCUAUUUAUAAGACUGUAAAUGUAAAACACAUGCCUUGUCACAUUCUCUCCAACUGGCUACAUACGCUGCAUUCAAAUCAGUAGACUUUGCUCAAUAAACCACAAUGAGUCCAUCCCCUGCUAUCUAUGUUGGCUGCAUGGACCACACCUUAUUUGGGGGCUCAAGAAAAUGCCAAAACUGGGAGCGAGGAAUGUCUGAAAGUAUUUAUGCAAGGCAGCUCUAGUUCUGCCAUCUUGCUAUGCAAUGCUGCCCUCUGCUGUAUGUUUCCUGUAGUGUUUGUUUGGAAAGGGGUCCAGAAUAUUCAACAAUGCAGGCAGGCUGGUUUGUGAAUGCUAUAAUGCAGGUGACAGUUGUUGCGAUAGUGUAAUGAGAGAUGAUAAAUUUUCCUUUUUCUGCUGUAGGUCUGGAGCGUGGGCUGUUGAAGACACUGCAGAAGCUGGAUGAGUACCUGCGCUCCCCGCUGCCUGACGAGAUCGACCACAACAGCAUUGAGGACAUCAAAAUCUCCACUCGCAAGUUCCUGGAUGGUGACGAGAUGACACUGGCUGACUGCAACCUCCUGCCCAAGCUGCACAUUGUCAAGGUGAGACUGAGGAUGUUAAACAGGAUAUUACACAUACAUUACAGCUGAGUUAGCAGAGUCCUUAUAGUCCAUGAGCCAGACCCCCAAAUAUGGCUCUUCGGGCUCACUUGGGGUGCCAAUGUCUCAUAGUGAUUUCUGUGAAGGUCUAUGUUCCUGGAGUUGGAAAAUGUGUAAUAAUAGUGCAGCAAGUGGAGCUUUCUCCGGUUAUCACUUUCUUUCAUCCAUUCCUCCUUCCCAUUAAUUUUUCCCUAUUACAGACAAUGUCAGUAUACAAUAAGUUAUUGCUCACGUAUACCCUUUAACCAUAUAUAAUUGGAAAGCUUUGAUUCACAGCUAUCCAUCAGACACAUUUUCUGAAUGUUCAGGUCAACAGAACUUUGACCUUUGACCUCUGGGGUACAUAUCAUAAUUACCUUUGCUUUAAAAAGGAAACCCUGAUACAUUUUAACAUUGUUUGACAAGUGAUUCUGAAAAUAUAACCAACUUUGAAAGCACCAGCUACAACUAUUGUUUAAAAAUCGCCCAUAUUAUGCCAUUGACAUUAGAAUAAUGGAAGCUUAGCCAUAGCAUUCCAUAUAGUGGGGCAACUAUGUUUUUGGAUUGUAACUUUGCUGAUAGAGGCACCAAAUUUCACACACACAGUUAAAACAGUUUUUUUUUAAAGAUUUGUAGAUACACAGAAGUAUUUUUCCAAUAUGGCCACCAAACAACUCAAUGGGGUCUCGUUGGAUACAUUUUGCAUGACCAUACCUGUAUUAAAUAGAAUACACAACCAAAUGAGCCAGAUGUGUGUGUGAGAUGUUAAGACGUUUUUGAGGGAGCGUGCAAUUGGCAUGCUGACUGCAGGAAUUUCCACCAGAGCUGUUGCCAGAGAAUUUAAUGUUAAUUUCUCUUCCAUAAGCUGCCUCUAAUGUCGUUUUAGAGAAUUUGGCAGUAUGUCCAACCGGCCUCAGAACCACAGACCACGUGUAACCACGCCAGCCCAGGACCUCCACAUCCGGCUUCGGGGGGAUUUCUGUCUGUAAUAAAGCCCUUUUGUGGGGAAAAACUAAUUCUAAUUGGCUGGGCCUGGCUCUCCAGUGGGUGGGCCUGGCUGCCAAGUGGGUGGGCCUAUACCCUCCAAGGCCCACCAAUGGCUGCACCCCUGCCCAGUCAUGUGAAAUCCAUAAAUUAGGGCCUAAUUAAUUUAUUUCAAUUGACUCAUGUCCUUAUAUGAACUGUAACUCAGUAAAAUCUUUGAAAUUGUUACAUGUUGCGUUUUAUAUUUUUGUUCAGGGUAUAUGUGAGCAAUAACUUGUUGUAUAGGCCAGGGUUUCCCAAACUAGAAUACAAUACAAUGUUUGACGACAUAGUGUGAAAUGCUUACUUACAAAAUUGGUUAGGAGCCCGUACAACGGCAGCCAUCUCCUCCGGCGCCAUUAUUCCCCAAGUGAGCCCGACCUACUAUUAUAGUGGACUAUUAUAGUGAUCACUCAUCAAAGCUACCUUUGCUGAUAAGGUAGCACAAUGCUGGAAUGCUGGUGUUUGCAAAACAUCUUAUGCAUGAGUAUCUUGGUAGCGCAUGCCAUUCUGCUACUCAAGUCAUGUUGUACCACUCUUGGCCUAUAGAGGGACGGGUUCUCUAAAAGUUUGUUCUGAGACUAACUUACUUCAUCAAUGUCCCCCUCCAUCCACAGGUGGUGACCAAAAAGUACAGAGGCUUUGACAUUCCCAAGGAUAUGACUGGCAUCUGGCAGUACCUGCAGAACGCCUACACACGCGAGGAGUUCACCAACACCUGCCCCAGUGACAAAGAGAUUGAGAUCGCCUACCAAGACGUGGCCAAGAGGCUGGUCAAAUAG